AUGGGGUCCAGGAAUGCAGAUCCCAGGCAGUUAGAUGGCAUUGGAGGAGGGACAUCUACGACAUCCAAAGUUGCCGUGAUAUCGCGCUCUGAAAGACCUGGAGCCCAUUUGGACUAUACAUUUGUUCAAGUGGAUUUUGCCCGAGGCAAACUGGACAUGUCAGGGACCUGUGGCAACAUGGCUUCUGUCAAUAUUAACCGAAAGAAGGUCGAUGUCAGGGUAUAUGCCGUCAACACAGGACAAGAGCUUGUGGUUUCUGUCGAUUUGAACAAGAGAGGCCAGGAGUACGGUGACCCAAGAUCGUACCCAGUAAAGGUCACGUUCCUUGCUCCUGGCGGAACCAUGACAGGCCAGCUUUUGCCUGUGAAGGACGCUCAAACGACAUUAUACUUCGAGUGUCCUCAGACGGGUUCUACUCGAGCAGUCCGGACUACCUUGAUAGACUGUGCCAAUCCCUUUGUACUGGUCGAUUCUCGCUCUCUGCCUGCGGAGUAUCAUCUGGAUGGACCUUCUGGCAAAACAGCCAAAGAAAUUAUUGAAAGCAUUCGAUGUGCAGCCAUGGUUCGCAUGGGCCUCCAGACAGCUGCCUACAGAAAAGCCGGCCGUGUUCGUCGGGGUACUCCCAAGAUUGUCCUUUUGACUAUGCCCAGCGCAGCAGUCCAGGUCGGCUCUCCCAAUGUGCCGGCGAAACUGGUUGACGUGGAGGUUGUGGCAUAUAGUAUGGGAAAUCCGCAUCCCACGCUUCAACUUACUGGAGCAAUCUGUCUCGGAGCCGCUUUGAGUGUUCCCGGGACGGUGGGCAAGAUGCUGGACAACUCCCAAUUGGGCCUGGGAGAUCCAACAUUGGGAUCUUCUUCGUCAUCCAACUCCCAAAUUCUCUUCAAAGCGAGUUCUCGGCAUUUCUUCUGUAACGACGCAGAGGGAUGGGGACCGACGAGCUCGGUGCGAUCUGACUUGACUCCAUGCUUCCAGGAGAUCGGCAUCACGUCUGUCGCUGUCUUUGGUCUGAGUUUUGGAGCGGGCACUAUUUUCUUGUUGACGAAGAAUGCCGCCCAGCCUGUCAAGAAGAAUUGGCAUUUCUAUGCCAAGCUGGUGGUUCUUUCUGGGGUGAUUGCCACGACCGCGGCUCAAAUCGCAUUGGAGACUCACGCAGGGGUUGGGAUUAGCGACGUUCGCUUUUGGUCUCCUAUUCUCGCCUUGAUGUCACUUGGCACCAUUUUCGCGGUACAAUUUCUAGAGCACUGGCGGAGCAAACACCCCAAUGGCGUUGUGCUGUUCUAUUGGCUUUUGCUGAUCAUCGCGUACGGAAUUAAGCUACAGUCACUGGCAGUUCGAAAAGUCUACGAGAACAAUAUUGUAUACUUCUCUGUUUUCACAUCCACCUUGGGCUUGGCUCUGUUGGAGUUUGUUCUCGAGUAUUUGGUUCCGAAGAACCAGACUGAUUACAAUUUAGUUGAAGAUGGGUCUCCCUAUGAAUCUGCAGACAUCUUUGCUGUCCUCACAUUUUCCUGGCUUACACCAUUGAUGAAGUAUGGGUACAAACACUAUCUUACCCAGGAUGACCUCUGGGACUUACGACAUCAAGACACAACUCAUGUCACUGGUAACGAGCUUGCCGAGCAGUGGGAAAAAGAGGUUGCGACUAAGAGAAGUCCAUCACUUUGGUUGGCCCUUUUCAAGACAUUCCAAGGUCCGUAUAUUUGGGGAAUAAUUCUCAAAUGCGCCAGUGAUAUUUUCUCGUUCAUUCAGCCGCAACUUCUGAGAGUUCUGAUUGCGUUCAUUGAUUCAUACCGAACAGACUCACCAGAGUCACCUAUCCGAGGAGUCGCUAUUGCACUUUCCAUGUUCUUGGUGUCAACCUUACAGAGUGUACUUGUGCACCAACACUUUCAAAGAGCAUUUGAUACGGGAAUGCGCGUGAAAUCUUCCCUGACGGCAAUUAUCUAUACCAAAGCGCUGAAGCUCUCGACCGAAGGUCGUUCCUCAAAGACAACUGGCGAUAUCGUCAACCACAUGGCUGUUGAUCAACAGCGUAUAUCCGACCUUGCUUCGUCAGGUGCACAACUCAUAUCCGGUCCUUUCCAGAUUAUUCUCUGCCUGAUAUCCCUCUACCAACUUAUUGGUCCGAGCAUGUUUGCUGGUGUCGGUGUCAUGUUGAUCAUGAUUCCAUUGAACAGUGCGAUCACUCGGUCAAUGAAGAGAUUGCAAGUUACGCAGAUGCAGACUAAAGAUGCAAGAACCCGUCUAAUGAUUGGUAUCAUUAACAACAUGAAAAGCAUUAAGCUCUACGCUUGGGGCAGUGCUUUCAUGGCCAAGCUGAAUCAUAUUCGAAACGACCUGGAGUUGAAGAAUCUUCGCAAAUUCGGCGUCAUGCAAGCCUUCGCCUAUUUUGCUUGGAACUUGGCACCGUUUCUGGUGUCUUGUGGCACCUUCAGUAUUUUUGCCUUAACGAGUGGUCGUCCUCUGACUACAGAUAUUGUGUUCCCUUCUUUGACACUUUUCAAUCUACUUGCUUUCCCACUAGCCGUAUUACCAAUGACUAUUACGGCCACCGUCGAGGCCGGUGUCGCUGUCAAACGUCUUACCGGCUACUUGACUGCAGAGGAAUUGCAAUCUGAUUCUGUUGAUUUCAAAAAAAUUGUCGAGGUUCCUGGCGAUGAAUCGCUUCGGAUUUCUGGCGGUUCUUUCACUUGGAACAGAUACCAAGGGGCCGAAGCGCAAGUUCUGAAGGACAUCUACUUCAAGGCCAGGAAAGGAGAGCUUACCUGUAUUGUUGGCCGAGUCGGUUCUGGGAAAUCGUCUUUGCUACAAGCCUUCCUCGGUGAUCUCUGGAAAGCAUCUGGUCAGGUCACUGUUCGUGGACAGAUUGCUUACGUUGCACAGACGCCCUGGGUGAUGAACACCACGGUCAAGGAAAACAUUGUCUUUGGUCACCGAUGGGACCCCGAUUUCUAUAACCUCACCCUAGAAGCCUGCGCGCUGCAGGAUGACCUUAAAGCCUUGCCGGAUGGUGAUAAGACCGAAGUUGGUGAACAGGGAAUCUCAUUAUCAGGGGGUCAAAAGGCUCGUUUGACCCUCGCCCGUGCCGUCUAUGCUCGAGCAGACGUUUAUCUUCUCGAUGAUAUUCUCUCGGCGGUUGAUCAGCAUGUUGGGCGACACCUCAUCAAUCGUGUGCUUGGAAAAGAUGGUAUUCUCAAAACGAAAACUCGUGUGCUCGCAACAAACACUCUCAAUGUCUUGAAGGAAGCGGACUUCGUGACACUGGUUGCAAAUAAAACGCUCAUAGAGAGUGGUACAUAUCCGCAACUUUUGGCUGUGGAUGGAGAGGUUGCGAAACUUCUUAGAACUGGUACGAACCACGAGAACAAAAAAACUGACAGUGGCUCCAACACUCCUGCUAGUAGCAAUAAGACUGAUCCUGAAUCUUUGGAUGCUGAGGGGUCAGUUCCUACUCCGUUCCCUAUUGCUUCGUGUGCCGCCACCCGGCGAACAAGUACUGUUACUCUCCGCCGUGCCAGCAUAGCGACAUGGCGAGGCCCCACCCGCAAUCUUGUAGACGAAGAGAACGGCAAACUGAAGACCAAAAAAAUAGAAGAGGUUUCUGCUAAAGGGAAAGUCAAAUGGGCUGUGUACUGGGAGUAUGCCAAGGAAAGCACUAUAAUUGGUGUCCUGGUCUAUUUCAUCUCUAUUCUGGCUGUGCAAACCGGACAGGUUGGCAGUAGCUUCUGGCUGAAGAAAUGGUCUGAGAGCGGUGAUAGUAAGGGUUCUCCCAGUGUUGGUUACUUCAUUGAGAUCUACUUCGCACUUGGAAUGGGGUCUGCUGCGUUGGUCAUUGUGCAAAACUUAGUCUUAUGGAUCUUCUGCGCCAUUGAGGCUUCACGGAAGCUGCAUCAACGUAUGGCCAUUUCCAUCUUCCGCUCGCCCAUGAGCUUCUUUGAGACUACAACUUCGGGGCAAAUUCUCAACCGCUUUUCCAGUGAUAUCUAUCGCCUUGAUGAGGUCCUUGCCCGCGCCUUUAAUACUUUGUUCAACAACCUGAGCAGACUAUUGUUCACAACAAUUGUCAUCUCAAUUUCAACGCCUGCAUUCCUUCUUUUUGUUGUUCCCUUGAGCUGGGUCUAUAAUAUGUACCAGAAGUAUUACUUGCGGACCUCGCGCGAGUUGAAACGACUGGACAGUGUCACCAAAAGCCCUAUAUUCGCACACUUCCAGGAGACUCUCAACGGUGCCUCAACAAUUAGGGCUUACAGGCAACAAAAUAAGUUCUCCCUGGAGAAUGAAUGGUAUAUGGAUGCAAACCUACGCGCCUACUUCGCAUCAAUCUCCGCCAAUCGAUGGCUGGGGGUCCGUCUUGAAUUUAUUGGGUCGAUAGUCAUUCUGGCGGCCGCCGGGCUAUCCAUUAUCAAUGUUACAACUAUCACCAACUCUCCCCUGUCUGCCAGUAUGGUCGGUCUUGCAAUGUCUUACGCUCUUCAAAUCACCCAAUUCUUGAACUCGCUUGUGCGUCAAACCGUGGAAGUUGAGACAAACAUUAUCUCUGUGAGCGUGUACUCGACUAGCAGCUGGCCAGCAGAUGGGGCCGUCUCUUUUGAGGACUUCAGCACCCGAUACCGCGAGGGUCUUGACCUAGUAUUGAAGGGCAUCAACCUCGAGAUCAAGCCACAUGAGAAAAUAGGCGUGGUAGGCCGGACAGGUGCAGGCAAGAGCUCACUCACAUUAGCCCUAUUCCGCUUAAUUGAGCCCGCUGGUGGUAAAAUUAGCAUCGACGGAUUGGACGUUUCUACGAUUGGCCUUCAAGAUUUGCGAAGUCGCUUGGCUAUAAUUCCCCAAGACUCUGCCGUCUUCCAAGGCACAGUCCGCGACAACAUUGACCCCCAUAAUGUCCAUGAUGAUACCGACCUUUGGCGUGUGUUAGAAUACUCUCGCCUUAAGGAGUACAUCUCACAGUUGGAUGGCAAGCUUGAUGCGAAAAUUGAAGAGGGAGGGUCAAAUCUGAGCCAAGGCCAGCGCCAGCUCCUAUCUCUUGCCCGGGCACUAUUGACAUCUAGUAAUAUUCUUAUUCUCGACGAAGCCACGGCCGCUGUCGACGUGGAAACCGAUGCUGCUCUCCAACAAACACUCCGUAGCGACCUUUUCAAGAACCGCACCAUCAUCACAAUUGCUCACCGGAUAAACACCAUCAUUGAUUCGGAUCGAAUCCUCGUUCUCGAUAAAGGUGAAGUGGUUGAAUUUGAUACUCCUGCGAAACUGCUAGGUGAUCGCGCUGAAUUUUACGAGUUGGUCAAAGAGGCCGGUUUGCUGGACGAUAGGCCCUCGCUUCUGCAGUGA